AUGUCUACUGAUUGGAGCCCUCAAGAUUGGAAGCAGAAGCCUAUUGUGCAAGACGUUGUCUAUGAAGACCAAGCACAUGUGAAUCGUGUAUUGAACAAACUGCAGCGCUUACCCCCCAUGGUAUCUGCCGCUGAGGUGGAUAAUCUUAGAAAACAGCUAAAGGAUGCUGCUCUGGGUAAGUCCUUCUUGUUGCAAGGUGGUGAUUGUGCCGAGCUGUUUGACUACUGCUCUCAGGAUCCAAUCGAAGCUAAAAUCAAGGUUCUGUUACAAAUGUCACUUGUUUUGACGUGGGGUGCUCGCACACCCGUGGUGCGCAUUGCUCGUAUGGCUGGUCAAUAUGCCAAACCACGUUCUAACCCCAUGGAAAUGCAUGAAGGAAAGGAGAUUCACUCUUUCAGAGGUGAUAAUGUCAACGGUUUUGAUCCCAGUGAUCGUAAGCCUGAUCCUGAGCGCUUGUUAGGCGCUUAUUUCCAUUCUGCAGCUACUCUAAACUACGUGCGUACAUUACUCGACUCUGGAUUUGCUGAUUUACAUGAACCCUCUAAAUGGAAUUUGAGCCACGUGCGCUCUGAUAACGUCAAGAGAGAAUACGAGUCUAUUGUGACACAACUGACAGAUUCACUUGAUUUCAUGAGGACUAUCGGUGCAGACAAUGACAACACAAAUGCACUUCAAUCAGUCGACUUUUUCGUCUCCCAUGAAGCACUUUUGCUGGAUUAUGAAACAAGCCUUACUCGCUUAUUAAUGUCACCCACCACCAAGGAAAAAAAAUGGUACAACACAGGCUCUCACUUUUUGUGGAUUGGCGAUCGCACUCGUCAACCUGAUGGUGCACAUGUUGAAUAUAUGCGUGGAAUUGAAAACCCUAUCGGCAUCAAAGUUGGACCAAGCACGGUGCCUGAGCAAUUGGUCAGCUUGCUUGAUACAGUGAAUCCCAAUAAGGAGAUUGGUAAAGUGACACUGAUUACACGUUUCGGUGCCGAGAAGGUGGAAAAGCAUCUGCCUCAGCAUAUUGAAGCUGUUCGCAAAUCUGGUCAUAUUCCUGUUUGGGUGUGCGAUCCUAUGCAUGGUAAUACAAAGACGGCCUCUGAUGGAACAUUGAAGACCAGACAUUUCAUUGAUAUUAUCCAAGAAUUAUCACAAACCUUCCGUGUGCACAAGGAUUGCAAGAGUAAGUUGAAUGGUGUUCAUUUCGAGUUGACUGGCGAUUCAGUAACUGAGUGUAUUGGUGGCUCAAUGGACCUGAGAGACGAUGAUUUGUCUACAAACUACCAAACUCAUUGCGAUCCUCGCCUGAAUUACGAGCAAUCCCUUGAUGUUGCUUUCUUGAUUGCAAAAUACUACGAAAAUGAAAGAAAGACCAAGGAUUUCCCUAAUUUGUGA